GAGAGAGAGAGAUACAGAGCAUGGCAUUUCAGCUGGCCUGUGGGAGGUGUUGGGUUUCCAGUAGGAGUCCUUAAGUGUGUUACGUUAGUCUGCCAAAGUCACAUCCAGCAGCCAGCCAUGUAGAAAGAGUAUAACAAAUAACACAGACAGGCAAACAGACAGGCAGGCAGGCAGGCAGACAGACAAGUGGAGGAGGUGAGGGAAUGAGUGAGGGAGCAGGAGAGGAGAGAGAAGGAGAGAGAAAGAGCAGAGGAGAGGAGAGGGAAGGAGAGAGAAAGAGCGGAGGAGAGGGACAGAGGGAGGAAAGAAAGAAGAGAAACGAGAGAGAGAGAGAGAGGAGAGGAGGGUCGCUAAGAGAAAAGACGGACUUGACAGGAAGAGAGGAGAGAAGUGAAGAGAAGAGAAGAAGGGGAGUGGGAACACUACCCUGGAAUAGCCAGGCAGCAACUAGAGCUGUAGCAGACUCCUCCCUCUCACCCCCUCCCCUCUCUCUCUUUUUCCCCGUCUCUCUUUCUCUCUCUCUCUCUCUCUCUCUCUCUCUCUCUCUCUCUCUCUCUCUCUGAGGCAGUCUGUUACUCUGUCAUUUGACCCGGCGAGAGCUCAGCAACUGGGAAGAACGAGGGAGAAAGGAAAACAGAAAGAGAGGGAUAAUUCUCAUGACAGCCAUGCAGUCCAUCCCUAAUGGCUGUGUUUUUUUCUAAGUCAUAUCUCGCUCGUUUUGGCUGUGGAACCGAUCUGACUGGAGCUCUUGAACUGGACUUUGUGUUUCCUCUGUGGACGCUCUCCUGACACUGCCGUGUGGGAUUUACUCUGCACCGCGAGGAUCUAGUGGGUACUUGCGUGGGUGCUCGCUGGGCCAUGCCCACCCCUGGUAACGGGUCAUCCAGCGUGAGGUGUACACCAUGAAAGGGGGCCACCACCACAGAGGCUGUGCCUGCCAACAUUUGUUCCGUAAAGUCCUGGCCAAGUGUGGCUGCUGCUAUGCCCGGGUCAGAGACUCAUACUCAGCCGCGGGCAGCGAGGGUAGUAUCUCCACCUCCGUGGCGUCCCUGCCCCCGACCCUGACGGCGUCCAUUAGCUCCGCCCCCAACUCCCCGGGCUCGCGGCGUUCCGUCAGCACCCUGAAGAGGUGGCUGACCAAUCCCGUCCGCAAGCUAAGCGCCGGGGCCGUCAACAUCUCCACCAGCACCAAGGGGGAGCGGCAGGACAGGAAGUUGGAUGGGGGAAGCAAGCCCCCUCCUCCUAUUCCACCCCCACGCCACAGUCAUGGCCUGGGCCUGGGCCUGGGAGGGCUGGGAUCAGAGGACCACCUCACCACUGUACUACCCAUCACACACACAGAGAUGGAGUGCAGGUAUAAUUUGGCCAGUCCUGAGGAUCUCUCCCCGGCAACCCUAAACUCUCCCAGCUACCUGUCUGACUCGCUACAAGGCUGUACUUCACUGGCCUACACACAUGAUACUCAGCCCACCAAUGUCUAUCCAGAUGACAACGGCUCAGUGUUGACGGACGACACCUCCAGCCAAUCAUCAGCCGCAGCUGACAAUGAGGAGAGGAGGAGUGCCUUAGAGAAGAGCAUGUACGUACUGAAGGAACUCAUAGAGACAGAGAAACUGUAUGUGGAAGACCUGAGGUACAUAGUAGAGGGCUACAUGGCCACUAUGAAUACCAAGGGCAUACCUGAGGACAUGAAGGGGAAAGACAAGAUUAUAUUUGGAAACAUUCACCAAAUGUUCGACUGGCAUAAAGACUACUUCCUGGGGGAACUGGAGAAGUGUAUAGCAGAACCAGAGAGACUGGCUCAACUUUUCAUAAAGCAUGAGAGGCGUCUCCAUAUGUAUGUGGUGUAUUGUCAGAACAAACCCAAGUCAGAGCACAUCGUCUCCGAGUACAUCGAGACUUACUUUGAGGAGCUGAGGCAACAUCUGGGUCACAGGCUACAGCUGAACGACCUGCUGAUCAAACCAGUCCAGAGGAUCAUGAAGUACCAGCUGCUGCUCAAGGACUUCCUCAAGUAUUACACCAAAGCCGGGAUGGACACAGAAGAGCUCGAGAAAGCGGUAGAGGUGAUGUGCUUUGUGCCCAAACGCUGUAACGACAUGAUGAACGUGGGACGACUGCAGGGCUUCGAGGGUAAGAUCACGGCGCAGGGGAAGCUGCUCCAGCAAGACACUUUCACAGUGGCGGAACAGGACAGCAGCUUCCUGUCCAGAGCCAAGGAGAGGCGGGUCUUCCUGUUUGAACAGCUGGUCAUCUUCAGCGAGCCAAUCGACAGGAAGAAAGGAUUCUCCCUUCCUGGUUACACCUUCAAGAGCAGCAUCAAGGUGAGCUGUCUGGGGGUUGAGGCUCCGGUGGAGGGGGAGGCGGGCCGAUUGGUGCUGACCUCACGGGGUGCUGACGGGACUGUGGUGAGAUACGUGCUGCAGGCUGCCUCCCCAGAGGUCUGCAGGGCCUGGGUCAAUGAUGUGGGACAGAUCCUGGAGAACCAGAGGAACUUCCUCAACGCCCUCCAGUCUCCCAUCGAGUACCAGCGCAGAGAGGGAACCAACAAGUCUAACAGCCUGGGCCGGAGCAUGAGAGCCCCCCUGUCUUCGGCCAGCAGUCCCCUGCGCCCCCACUCCUCAGCCUCCAUCGACCGCCAGCGCCUGCCCUGGCUCCGGUCCUACAACACCUCCCUCCCCACCCUCUACCUGCCCAGCCAGGGGGGUCAGGGAACGGGCCUCCAGGGCCCCGCUGAGACACACACUCCACGGGAGUCUCCUCUGGUCAGUAGGAACUCGCAGACAACAGUCUCGCCAUCUCACGUCCAGCUGGCUUUCACUGACCCGUCUGGUCUGUCUCACUACUCUCAGACCCAGACCUCUCUGCAGUGCCAAGCGGGGUCCAGCGGGCUGCGUAGCACACAGCAGAGCGCAGGAGAGGGCUGCAGUACCAGGGGCCUGCCUGGUGAGGCUGUACCUCCUCCUGGAUCUGUCUCUGGUCCAUUGGCCAGCAAGCGCUCCAGCAACCUGGCCCAGCUCAAUGAAGAUGACCUAUGAACCCUGACCCCUAGGAGGAAGGAGGUUCACGGACCACCACAGCUACAGAGAGAAAGGAAGAGCGCCUCCUCUAGGCUUACCAUAUGUUGAUGCUAUCAUUAACUUAAGGGUCCUUUUGAAGGUGGAUGGGGUGCUUCUGUAAGGAGCAAGGACUGGAUGGAGACUGCUCUUCUCUUCUACUGCUUUUUCAGACUGUUACCCGGCGUUUCACCGACAGUCUGAGAGACAUAAACCAUGGUCCUAACGGAAUAUACAGUAUACGUCUUUCAUCUGAUUUUUUUCUGAGCGAUGUGAUUUGAGGUUGAAGACAUGCCUCUGCGUGGCACCACUAAUGGGUGGCACCCAGCUAGAUGUUGCAAUGGCUGAGGUUACGAAGGACACUCAAUGGACAUUAGGUAUUAUGAGGACUUUGCUUGUUUCAUUAUGAGGACUUUGCUUGUUUUAUUAUGACGACUUUGCUUGUUUUAUUAUGAGGACUUUGCUUGUUUUAUUAUGAGGACUUUGCUUGUUUGCUUUUCCAUUUUGGAGAAUUUCUAUACAGUAUAUAUUGUGCUGUCUGUCAGGGGGCUGUGGGAUUUGUUCAAAGGAAGAAAAAAAAUGUCCAUUCCUGAUUGGGGAGGUCACUGGAGAAGUGUCUGUGUGUGAGUGUGCACGCUGCAGGCAUGUGUGUGUGCAUAUGUGCGCAACAUGCGUUUGUGUGUGCAUGUGUGGGUGAAAUGCGUCUGUGUGUGUGUGUGUGUGUGUGUAAAUAUGUGCGUAAAUUGUGUGUGUGUGUGUGUGUGUGUGUGUGUGUGUGUGUGUGUGUGUGUGCGUGUGUGUGUACAGGAUUGGCGGCUUCUCUUCUUGUAAACAAACAUGGAUCUGAGGAGCUCUACUUUUCAUUCGACUUUCUUUCUACUUUUCUCUCACACUGCUGGAUUCUUCCGACAACUACUUCUAUUCUCAGGCUGUUUAAAAGAUGAAGUCAUUCCUCCACUGAGCGUAUACAUUGCGUGACUCUCUGUAGACACUGAGGAGAGAGGACGGGAUAACAGCAAAUGCAUUUGAUCUGUAUAUAUAUGUGGAACAUUGGAUUCAUCUCUCAUGGAACAGAAUGGUUCUUACCGCAGAGAGUGUUUCCGGUGGAUGAGAACGAGAGAACUCUCCCAUGUUCUCUUAUUCCGUUUGACCCGAAGUGGUCUCUUGUUUGAUCUGGAGAUUCCAGACUAAAAAGGAGUGAGGGAGCCGCCUGGAGACACUCUACAGGCAUGACGUCACUCUACAGGCAUGACGUCACUCUACAGGCAUGACGUCACUCUACAGGCAUGACGUCACUCUACAGCCAUGACGUCACUCUACAGGCAUGACGUCACUCUACAGCCAUGACGUCACUCUACAGGCAUGACGUCACUCUACAGGCAUGACGUCACUCCACAGGCAUGACGUCACUCUACAGCCAUGACGUCACUCUACAGGCAUGACGUCACUCCACAGGCAUGACGUCACUCUACAGGCAUGACGUCACUCUACAGUCACUUCAGACUCAAUGGUCUUUCCUUGGAUUCCUUCUCUGCUCCCACCCUUUCUCUGUCUCUUUCUCUAAAAGUCAGAGGGAAGUGAGGACAUGAUUACGUUGGGAGAGAAGAGACGGGGAGCGGAUGGGUGGAGAGGACACAAGGAAUCGAGGAAAAACUCAUUGAGAUGUGGCGAGAGUGGUGGCCAUGCCAUAGCCAGCCUGACGAGAACGCUAGGGGACGGAGACCGGCUGGUAUUUCAAACAUAUGUUUUCUUGACGACAGGAGACAUGAAGGGGUGGUAUUGAAAUGUGGUAUGGUGUCACACAGUCCGUCACUGAAGUCCAAUGGCGAUGUGCCACAGCCUUCUGCUGUAUCCAAUGAUCUCUGCUGGCUCUCGCUACUCCAGCACGUUAGUACACGCCAUACACCUGGCUCAGGCUUACAUCUCUGGUUCUUAGAUAAAGGACAGCAGUUUAGAGACAGUUAACUACUUGGGUUGUUGUAUCAGUUGACACUGUGGAUAUCAAGUGCUUCAUCUGCAUGCUCUGUGCUCAUCAAAGUGAGACUUUUGCCAAAGGCGGGUUAUUUUAGUACUUCUUGUACUUCGGUUCAUUACUGCUACUCUAAUAUUGCCAACUGUUGUUUUGUUUUUUUUACACAUCAAAAAUCAAAUACAUGUAGUUGUGAUUUUUUACUUCAAUUACUUCAAUGCCCGAUCUUUCAUCUUCUGAAUAGAACAACAACAACAACAACUGUAAAACGAGAAGAGAUAGAAGAGAUGAUUUCAGCUUUUGGUGAAUUAUUCUCUGUUACCAGUAGAGGUCAGUGUAAGGCUUUCAAAUACAGAUGGCAGUCAUUGGAGGUUAGACAGCAGCAUCAACGAUCAAUGUCUUCAAGUUACAAUACCCCCCCCUCAAAAGCUAAAUCUGUUUAAAAUAUCUCAGUUUACAGUGACUGUUUAAAUUCAGAACAUAAAAAGUUUGGUCCCGAAAACUCCAUCUCAACUCCCCAGUGCUCGUGGACUAAGGGGUGGUGUUUGUAAAGUGGACGUCAUAGUGACGAUUAUUGCUCUGGCAUUUUGUGCAUGUUACUUAAAUAUGAAGGAAUACCCUUACAUAAAUGAAGAUAACUAAAGAAAAAGAGCAGGAUAAGGGCUAUAAUGAUGCCAUGUUUGACUGAAUAGAAUCGGUUGUAAUUAUAUCAAAUAAAAAGUCUUUGAAUUAA